UUUCUGAGCAGAUUUCCGUUCAGAAGGAGGUUUGUGGAAACAUCUUGCCAAACAGAAGUCAGUCUAGAUGAGAGAUCAAAAGGAAAAAAGUUUAACAUAUCUGAGCUGUGGGUGUCAAUAUCAUUCCGAAACACAGCGCUUUAUUUUUUGUGAUUCCUCUAUUGGCAUAACACGUGCACGUGACAACCCUGAUCACAACACUUUAUCCGUUAGUGAAUCUUUUAUUAAAGUAACGCAUAAUCACAACGCUUUUUUAAGAGAGGCUGGGCUAAGAUAGCCCACGAGAGCAGUGGUGUAACGUUGCCUGUUGGCGCCCCCCCCCCCCCCCGAAAAGGUUCCCCCUGUUGGCGCCCCCUCCCCUUUUGGUGCCCCUCCCCAAAAUUGAACAAAUUAGGUGAUUUUAGAGAAUACGCCGGUAAAAUCUCUAAAAAAGUGUGUAUCUAGAGCGAAACGCACAGUUUUGCUAGUACUUUAGUUAAGUUUUCGAAAUUGUCCCACAUUCAAACGACUGAAGACGGCGCCCCCCUGCACAGCGGGGUCAGCAGGGCCCUUCGUUACGCCACUGCACGAGAGGACAGCAUUGAGAUGCUUUGCCUACCUGUUGGGUGUGGUAACCCUGCAGGGGAAGGUUUUAGUAAGACAAAAUUUAAAAGUGACUUAAGUCAAAAUGAUACGCUUAAGUGCCAGCUGGGUUUGGAAAAGUAGAAUGAGACGAGACAGCAUAUGCAUUUACUCUAUGUCAUCCCGGUCAUCACAACCCUUUAUCCGUAGUGAAUCCUCUAAUAACGUAACACAUGAUCAAAACGCUCUAUCCGUUGGCGAGUCCUCAAGUAACGUAAAACGUAAACACAACGAUUUAUCUUUUAUCGUGAUGAAUUUAUUUUUUAUUACCACGUGAUCAUGAUAAACCCCCACGUUUAUCACUUGGGGGUUUUAGGGAUAGUGUUAGUCACGUUUAUACAUGCAUUGUUAGAUAUUUAAUUAGUCGGUGGUGUUUAAGGGUUUCCUAAGGAUUUUAAGAACUUUGCUACUAUUAUGAUAAAGGAUGAAAUACCAAGUAUACGGAAGUGUAGUAAAGUGUUAUUGGACAAUUUUUAUUUGAGAACAAACACUUUUAAAUUAAAUAUUGUUGUAAUAAGAAGGGAAUGAGUUUUUCUAUUUAAGCUGUUUAGUUCACAGAAAAGCAGAUAUGGACUGCUUUAAAACUUUUAUUUUGGAAAAAGUUUUUUCAGUAACCAUUGAGAACCAGUGGCCUUUUGUAACUGCAUCUUCAACCUCAGUUUCAUUUUGAAACGUCAAGAGACUGGUAAAGUCAAAUAUUUUGUUACUUAAACAUUUUUAUUCAUAUUUUGAAGGGUAGUAAUUGUUUAGAUCUUAAACUUCAUACGAAACUAUUAGUGCUUUUAAUAGCUUGUUAGCAGGGUAGAAUUUGUUAGGUGUGUUUCUAAAAAAUGUUCUGUUGGAAAUUAAAGUUUUUGAUCUCUACUAUUUAUUGUUAUUAAAAUGCUCAUUGUAGCCAGUUAUUUUUAAAAGACUUUCAUCAUUGGUGAGCGUAGCUUCUCUGUGGUGGCUCCAAAGAUCUACAAUCGUCCGCCUGAUACCAUUUCAUUGGCUCAAUCACUGCAAUCAUUUAAAGCUUUUCUUAAAACUUUUCUGUUUAAACUGCCCCUUCAUGAACUUGAAAAACUUUAUCGAUAAUAUAUUUUGGUCAAUAUUGGUGUUUGAUUUUUACAUAUAAGUAUCAUUUUCUGUCAUCAGACUUAGCGAUAUAUUUUCAAGCAUUAUCUUAUUCAAGUACUUUUCUGGGAUGUAUAAGUUUUAUCAUAAAAGUGGUGUUAUUAUUUCAUUAGGAUUUGUAGUAUAGGUAGGUUUGUGGAAAAAACCGUUGGAAUAGAUUAGUAUAGAUUAGUAGUUUUGCGGAGUAGGUUUAUCAAUAGUUUUACGGAGUUAGUAGCACAUGAAGGUCUGGUGGGCAGUUUAAGUGGUUUAGAGUGGUGCAUCUGUGGCGCGUGGUACCACAUGGUUUGCCAUGUGGUACGGUAUCACAUGACACAGUGCAGUCACUGUUUGUGGCAGUUCGGGAGUAACACGUUUGAUUCAGUUUAAGCAAUUAACUGCUCAUUACCCAAGUUAUGAGUGGUUUACAAGCAACUUAGCGUUCAGUUGACGCCAAAAAUAAAUAUUUGGGGUAUAAAAAGCUCCAGGGGGUACCAAAUGUUAACAUUACGCCUCUGCAUUAGAGCCUAACAGCUGCUUCCUUGUACUGGGUUAAUCACAGUUUUUGUCCUGGGCUCAGCCUGCGUGCAAGCUUCUUUUGUCCUGGGCGCAGGCUGUUGAAUGAUAAAAUUGUAUGGUUUAUUUACGUUGUUACAUAUUUCGUUUAGUAUUUCAAAUCUGUAUUUUAUUUAAUUCAAAUAACCCAAAUCGUUCUCCCGUUAGCACAAAUCCGUCAAAUAUCAGAAUCUGUGAAGAUGGCCAGUGGUAUAGAUUCAGGCUUCGUGGACAUGGCCGGAUUUAACAGGUGUCUACAAGCGCUGGGGAUGGAGACUGUGUCUAGCCAGGAGGAGUUCCAGGGGAAGCUUCAUGACGUCAGCAACUUUCACAUGGGCUGGAUCAAUGAGAGAAAUGCGCUGGAGGAGAGAUGCUCCAAGAUGCAGGCUGACUCAAACAACUAUCUGAACAUGAUGGACCGAUUACAGGGGGAGUUAGAGGCAGUCAAACGGGAGCUGACAGCAGUCGGAGAAAAGGAACGACAAACACGAGUCAAAAACAAACAUCUCGCCUCCAGACUCAAACAAGAAGAAGAUGAGAUGAAGCGGCUCACACUGAUGAUGGAGCACAAACAAGACCAUUUCAAUCACGACAUCAGGAAAAAGGAGCGCGAAACCUUACAGAUGAAGGAACGUCUAUCCAAGAAAAUUAUGGAAAAGAAGACCGAAAAAGGAACUCAGCAAGUGUUGAACACAAUGCCCCGGACCACGACCGGACGGAGGGCCCAGUGGGGAGACGACCCUAGAGAGGAGCUGUACAAACAGCUUGUAGAGGAGCAGGAGGAGAGAAAUAAGGAGCUGUUUGAGGAGAACGACCACCUCAGACACUGCUUGGCGAGUCUGGAAACAGAGCUGAUCAACGUCCUGAACUCCGGUGACAAGGAUGAGAGCUUUUUGGAGGAAGUGGACCUGGACCCAAAGAUAAUAUCUCACAUCAACAUGCCUUACACCGUCGUACAGAACACCUUUAAGAGCUCUAUUGACGAUAAGAUCGAACUUAUUAAGGAAAAACAUCGCCGUAUGGCUUGUAACAAAGAGGCAGAAGAAGAGAUAGCAUCUCUCCGUAAGGCAGUAGAAACCCAACAACUCACGUUGACCGAGCAAAUGGUCGCGCUGGAAGAUUGCACGUGCAAAGAAGAGCGACAAAAUUACUCCGACGCACACGACGCUGAACUUGAAUCAAGGUUCCAGCAGUUGAUGGAGGAGACGGAUCGUAUUGAGAAGGGAAGAGAGGACCUGAAAAAAGAAAAAGAAGAUCUCAGGAUAUUGGAGAACAAGAUUAAAGACGAUCACAAGCGAUUCAGAGAAGAACGAACCCAGCUGUUCGAAAGCAACCUCCUCGCCACCCCCAACCUGGCCUCCAUCAAACGAGAAAACAACCAUCGACAUGACAACAGACACGAAACAAGAACCCCCGAGUCCCCCAUCACUAUAACAGAGGUAGCUCGACCUGGUCUGCGUGAGGGACAUCUCUACUUCUCUCCGGCCCCCUCGGAGACACCCAGCCACCUCACAACGCCUCCCCCCACUCAGAACACUCACAUCGCUUCUACUGACGAGUUUAACAGAGAACUUUCCAGACUUGAUCUUUCAAACUUGCACGGGAAGAUUCUCAACGAGAAUAAUCUAAACGGAAGUAUGACUGACAGCAAGAGUGUAAGCAGUGAAGUUAAAGACUGCAGUAUGGAGAGUAGUAGAGACCUGUUCCACGUCAAACAGUCCCUCAUCAACCAGUACAUGAACACUCCUGUUUGAGAGUGAUGUUUGGGAGUGUAAAAUGAGUAAUUUUUCAUUUUGUUAUUGUUUGGACUAGUCCUGAAAUUUUAAAAAAUGUUUGGAUUGAUGUUACACAGUGAAUAACUAGUACAGCUAGUGCCUAGCACUGUACCCCUAGCGCUUAGCACUGUACCACGGAUGUGAAAAACUUGCCUUUGAAUUUCUAGCUUUUAGUGGCCAUCUUUUCCAGGCUGAGGUAUAGCAGCGCUUCAGCGAUGGUUUAUAAUCGAGGCUAUUAACUUUAUCAUUAUUAUUUAAUUUUUUCCUUUUCACCCUUUUGAAAAAAGGCAAUAGUGAAAGGUUACGAAUGGAGGUUUUUGCAGAAAAACGUGGAUUUUGGAGAACGAGAUAGGUGGGUUUAAAUAUGUCGUGUGUCCUUCCUUCCGUUCGUUACCAUGCAACAAAAAGUUGGGCGCGCGCGAGGAUUGCUUGCGGAGAUGUGAUGUAUAGUAGCCUGCGCCUGUGAUCUAUGAAUGCGCGGCGCGACUGUGUUUUAAUGUAUAUGAUGCAUGUAAUGUAUAAUAUUACUAUUAGGUAAUACGCCCAAUUUGUACGUGGCACGCGUAGUGUAUUGAUGUGUACACGAGUAUAGUUUACAUUUGCUGAUAAUUUCUUGAAUUACAGAUACAAGUUAAGUUCUACGGUAAUUGAACUGAAUUUCAAGUGUUUCCCGUAUUUGAUGCAUAAUUUAUCAAUAUUAUUAUCUUGAAGAUUGAAGUGAGCUGAUUGGAGCUUAUACUUAAAUUUAUAGUAAAUGUGAAAUGGAAAUCUAGCGUCCGCCAAAACGAAACAACGGGCGCAAUUCUUGUUGGAUUUGAAAUGGAUUUUUGAAAACAAUCUGGGAUUCCAGAAAAUUCAUAACCAAAAUUUGAGAUUGACGAAAAUAAAUGAAAGUAAAACAGUAGCGGAACUAAGAAGAUGGUUUACGUUUGAUUUCGAUGAUCGCUCAAAUUAUCGUAUCAACAAUUACAAAUUAAGAAACUGUUGACAUAUUAUUAUGUCAGCCCCCGACGGAGUUGACCCUAAUAAUAUUUCAGCGCCAGCAUUUUUUCCGUUUCCAAUCUCCCCUCCUCCUCUAAUCCUUUGUGCCGACGUAAUAUGUUUGUGCGAUCCAGCUAAAUGUAUUGAGUAUUAAAACGGCUGAACUGAGUAAAGAAUACUAUUACUGCUACAGUUUAAAUCGAUAUAUUUGACAUCGAUGAAUACGGAUAUUUAUCACAAUCGCUUAGUAAGUCAUGAUAGCUAAUAUUAAUUCAAGCAUUGGAAAAUUUAGCGUUUAUAUUUGGGAUAUUUCAAAAAAUGUGAGGUUGUAAGUCUAGAACCAGUGUUGGCUUGUUGUUGGAACAAGAUUUUGCGGGUUUUUCGCAUUUUGUUUUAAAUAAUUCAAUAUCAAUAAAAUCAAUUGUUAUUUAUACUAUUUGUAAGACUUUUUGUUCGAGUUUGUAGUUCAAAUUUAACGUACCCAUUCCCUCCCAAAAUUUUGUGAAUAAUGCCUCUGUAUGUGUGUUAUCACCUCAUCCUCUGCACACUCCAUGCAGUGCGCAGUGAGGCUUAUUGUUAUGAAUUAGAACUGGAAGAAGAAGCUGCGAUAGCAUCCGAUAUAAAACGUAAAAAAACUAUAAUCCGUCUGCAAGGGUCCUUACUUCGACCUCAGCUCCGUGCCAAGUUCCAACUGUACGGACCCCUACUAGUACUAUACAGUUUCACCUACCCGGUUACCUAGCUUGCAGUUGCUAGUCUAUUGCUCGCUCCGCUCACUGUUCAGGAACAAGGAAGCUUGAAAAGUGAAAAAGCGCCGCACAGAGAUUUGCGAGCCAGGUAACCCUACGUCAUGCACACAGCACAGGGGGGCUGAAACCAAGUUUUUGGUCUAAUGUUGCCAUUUGUAGUCAAACUUCACCAAAAGCAAUUAACCUCAUGAUACAGUUGCUCUCGUCCAAUGAAAUCGAUGCAUUAUAUUGAUUGACUUCACAUAGCCAUUUGAAUUUUGUAUACGCGUAAGCUGCGUGACGCGCUUGUUUCACUGCAAGCGAGAGGGCUCUGGUACGUUAGUAGAGCAAAUAGCCAUCGAUAUGGAGUUGAAGCGAAUCCGGCAAUUUUACUGGUUUACUAGCCUUUGGUUUGAAAUGCAUAUAACAGCACUUUGACAUGUUGAUGUAAAGUUUGUUAAGGAUCAUAUACUUUUUAUACAGCUUAGCAAUUUGUUGCCUUUCUCAUAAGCUUCUUCUAAAGUUUUGCCAUCAAUAAAAAUGUUGGUGUCGUCAGCAAAUAGUAAUAGUAUGAAGGUUCCUAAAUCCGAGGAAUUGGCAAUAUCAUUUAUGUAUAGAAGAAAAAGGAGCGGUCCCAAAACAGAGCCUUGUGGAACUCCAUAUUUAAUGAUAACGUUUUCGGAUUUUUCAUUAAGGACUUCUGUGUACUGUGUUCUAUUUGAUAAGUAGCUUUUAAUAAGACAGUUUGCAUUGCCUCUUAUUCCAUACCUAUCUAGUUUUGUUAGGAGUGUACUAUGGUCGAUUGUAUCAAAUGCUUUACUCAAAUCUAUAAAUAUUCCUAGAACAUGAUUUCGUUUUUUAUGCUCUCUUCAAUAAUCCUAACAGAGUAGUUAACAGCAUGGCUAGUAGAAUGGGACUUGCGGAAGCCAAAUUGGUUUUCAUCAAGGAUAUUUUGCGACAGAGCGAAACUGUAGAUACGGCUGUAUAUCACUUUUUCAAAUAUCUUACCAAAUAUAGGCAGUGUAGAGACAGGUCUGUAGUUUCCUACAUCCUCUUGGUUUCCUUUCUUAAAUAUGGGAGUAACUUUCCCAACUUUCAAAACAUCGAGAAAUAGCCCGCUCAUCAUGAGUUUGUUGAAAUGUUGGGCUAAAACAGGGCAGAUUAAAUGAGCUGACUUUUUGAUUAUACGGAUUGGGAUAUCACUAGAUUUGCCAUUUUCCAACUUGGAAAUUAUUUCCAUGAGCUCAGUAUGUGAACAGUCAGUUAGGAAUAUAGAGUUAUUGUUGGAUGGCAGAAGGUAGUCUUCAAAUGUUGAAAAUUCAGAAGCCUGUAUAGGCAGGUCAGCUAUUGAUUCAUUUAGAGUGGAGGCAAUGGAGUUAAAGUAUUUGUUGAACUCGUUUGCAAUAACCCUUCUAUCUGUUAUUUUUCUGUUGUCGAUUAUAAAUGAGAGUUUUAUAGACUUUUUACACUUCCCUCUAAGUUCAUUAAUGAUCUGCCAUGUCUUCUUACGGUCGUGCUUAUUUUCUAUGAUUUGGUUGCAAUAAGAGUAAGUAUUUUUUGCAGAGUUAAUUACAGAUUUGAGGAUCCUUCGGUAUACCUUGAAGGUUUUUUCGAGAACAUGGUCUCCAUCAGGGUUUGCCUUAGUUUUAGAUGUAAUCCAGUUUUAAUUCAUGUUCUUUUUUUCAACGGCUGCUGAAAUACUAUCUGUUAUCCAGCUGGGGUUAUUGAUAGGAUUCCGUUUAGUAGUUUUUGGCCUUACAAGUUUGCAUGUUGCAUCAAGUACAUGAUCAAAUAAUUUAGUAAAAUCUGAGAAUUCAUGAGAAGUGUGGAGCUUUGAGAGGUCAGUGUUCAGUAGGGUUAGGAAUUUAUUAAGGUUGGCAUUACUGAAGUCGUAGUAGUAGUACUGGACAUGUUUUUCACUUUUUGGACCAACCUCAAAUUCGAUGUCAGUGAAUUCAAAUGUUGGAGCAUGGUCACCAAUUCUAUGGAGUGAUCAGCGAUCGCCAGCACCGGAAUUGUGAUCGAUAGUCGAAACAAUAUUAUACAUUUUUACGGUUAUAAUGAAGCUAAAAGUAAUAACAAAUGUUGAUAAAUCAUAUUUUCAAAAACAUUAAAAAGAACUCGCAGCCAGGCAUGCCUGAUAACAUUAUGAACCCAUAUUUUUUUAAACCUGAUAUAUAUAUAUUAUAUUCAUCCAAAAUAUGCAUAUUUAAGUUAAUUUGAGUCCUUGAAAUGUGGCUGCGUUUUUAAUGUACUAUUUUUCAAUAAUGUCCGGUAUCGCGAUGCAGUCCUUUUUGAAUCAUCCUAUCAGCAUA